AUGAAAUCAAAGGAGUUCGAAAUCAAUGAUACUACAGAUCUGUUGUCCCGAGCCAAGGGUGUGACUGACAAUAACAGCGGGGAGCCAGCGACGAAAAGGCGAAAAACCAUCAAACAGUGUCUCUUCUGCAGGAAAAGAAAGCUGAAAUGUGACAAGAACAAGCCCAUGUGUUCAACUUGCGUGUCUCGAAACUUGCCAGAAUGUGUGUACGUUGAGCAGUAUAGCCACGAGGUGGACUCGCGAGAGCUCUUGAACUCGACUCCCAACGUCGAGCUUCUAGAGAAAAUUCAAGACUUAGAAAGGCAGCUCAAAGAAGCCAAGUCGGAAAAAUCGAUUUUGGGCAGUCACCGAGAAACUCUGGAGAUAAACCCGCUUGCUGAAAUAUUCUACAUCGACGAAAAGGCAGAUCGCUGCAUAUAUUACGGUGCCACGAGCGUGAGAACUCUUGUUCACGAAAGCCGGCUACGAUUUGAGGAAUAUUACAAGAAAGCGUGGCACCAGUUGAAAGCGAAAAGAAGAAAAUGGAAGGACACAAUGGGCUAUUCGACGUUGCAAGAACUCACGGCUAUCGAGUCUUCGCAGGAUGGUUUACACGACGAAUCGGUUCUGACCGCGAUGUGCAAGGCAUUGCCCACCUACGAAAAAGUUAAAGCGACCCUUGACAUGUUUUUUGCAGGUUACCUGUUCCAAUGCUAUCAGUUUGUCGAUCCGCAAAAGGUCAUGCUCGACUUCUCGAGAUGUUUCAUUAAGGGUCCUACGAAUCUACUCACAGGGCAGCAUCCAGUGGUAAAGCUUGUUCCGCCCAACAAGAAAAACUACUACUGUAUCGGCAUUAUAACUCAGAUUCUGAGCAUCCUUUCGCCAAAUCUCAAGGUAUCGCAGGCUUUCGACACUUUCAAUAAGUUUCUGCUGUCUUACGUGACAGCGAAAACGUUUUUGGUCGAAAGGGUUCAGUUCCUGAUGCUUGGGUAUCUUUAUAGGUGUGUGAAGGGCCUAGGAGGCGGAGAUAACAGUCAUAUCAUUCAGCUGAUCAAGCCCGCAAUUACAACAGCAGUGCACAUUGGUUUCCAUAACGCGCUGGAUAAGAUCUUUAAAGACACCAACUGCUACAGAGGUGAAGUUGUUUAUGCGCAAAACUUAUGGUUAUGGUUGGUGUACGCGGACAUUGAAAUCUCUUUUUCGAUGGGCGUACCACUCUCGCUCGACGAUGAGUUUGUCAACCCAAUGAUUUUUGAGGACCCCAAUUUCGGAAGUGUGCCGCUUCUCAAGGCUAUCAUUUUACCAUUGAGGAGAUGUCUCAAAAUGAUUUAUUGUCGAAACCAAAUUCCAGAUUUGGAAAUGAUGGUAACGCAGGUGACAGAAAUGGUAAAAACAACUUUCAAGCCUGUAACUUAUUACUUGGAUCCGAAAAACUUGCUUGAGAUGCCCAUUACAGAAAUCGACUGUUUUAUUUUCUGUCUCAGUCUGAUAAUCAAUCUGUCAAACUUACAGAGAAGAUGUUUCAGCAAAUACGACCCAAAAACGAUCAAUACAUCGAUUCAGUACAGUAUCAUUUGUAUGACCAUCUGUAUGAAAAUGAUGGAGACAUAUUUUGCCAUGGAAACAAUACGCAGCGACGAGGAUUUGGAAAGACAAUCUGCGUUACCCUUACAGAUGGGGCUUGCAAUUUUUGUCUGGCAUAAAAAUUUGAUCAGGUUGAUCGCUGAGCCUUUUGUUCUUUUCGGAGAUUUAAUGUCGACCACGGACGUGGAUUACAGAUUCAAGUAUCGCUUGUCGCCCACAUUUGAUCUACCACUGGACUCGCUAGAAACAGUAGAUGAUCAUUUCGUGCCAAUGGCAUCUGCAGUCCAAAGGUUGCAAGGAUUCUUCGACCGGUUGGAAUCUGAGAAAAAUAGCGAAUUGAUAAAAGGUCUCAAGAAAACCUCGUACGGUUUUUUGAUCACUUUCUCCAUUGAAAAGAUCUUCCGAGGAUUGUUGAAAAAUGCGUUUGACACAAGAGCUUUUCUGAAAGCUAACAAACCUAUAAUUCCUCCGUUGGAAGUCUCUGAAUCUGUCGUUAAUUCUCCAAAUACUUUAACUUCGGAGAUGGCCUUUUCGGAUGAUGAUUUAAAGUUCAUGGCCGACGAAUUUUGGAAUAAUUACGAUUUGUCACUGUCGGUUUUAAGUCAGGGCGAUGGUGUCGAUUUGUUGUCCGAGUUUUUCAUGUUCGAUGAACCUCAGGAGGAGGCCUAA